AUGAAGAACACAGCCUUUAUGCUGGCGGCCGGUUUACUCAGACUCUCCAAGCGGCCACUCUCGCCCAACGAGAUCCGAUCCGUGCUCGAGUGCUGCAGCGAGGGAUACGGCAUGGGCGAACCCGGCGCCUUGAAAGGCAUAGACAUGAUGAUGCGCAUCCAGAGUAUUUCGGGCGGGCUAGUCGAGUGCUACCUACCGCGUCACCAUCAGCAGCACCAGCUCCAGCACAGGUAUCAUCAUCUCUUCCACCACAACCACCAGCAGCAGCGCAGCGCAGCACUGACGACGCAAGCCAGCGUCGUUCGCCUCAUGCACCAGUCGGUGGGCGACUUCCUGCUCGAUGAUGCCGGCCUCGGCAUCCUCGACGCGCAGUUCAAGGUUGCCGAUUCCGCAGCGCAGUUUCACCUCGCUGCGUUUCGACUCUGCUUGCGCACGGUGCGCUGCAAGAUCGACACCGACUACAACGAGGUCGAGAUUCCCUUCCUGUCGUACGCCGUGCUAUUUUGGAGCAUGCACGCCCGGCAAGGCGAGACAAACAUGGAGGACGACGGCGACGACGACGACGACAAGGACGGCACCUAUGCCGAAUUGCUCGACGACUGCGGCAGCAACGGCGCCAAGGAGCUCGUCCGUUUAUUCAAGCAGCACAACCACUUCCGCCAGUACAAGGCGUUGGCGGACAGUGAUGUGCCCAGCACAACCAUGCUCUCGGGCGAGACAAGCGUCCUCGCCUUCCUGGCACUUGCGGGCUGCACCGAGCUCGUGAAGCGCCAUCUCGCAAAGUGCCCUGAUUGCCAGCCGUCUUCGUCGUCAUUGCCGAAGCCGGCCAGUCGCGUGCGCCAUCUACAGCGAGCCUUUAUGCUAGCUGUUCACGGCGGCCAUGCAGCCACGGCCAAGGCCAUCUUGGAUCAUCCCGCGCGCGCGUAUGCCGGCAUCGACGUCAAUGGCGCGGCCCCCAACAACGACAACGAAACUCAGACGCCGCUGUUCACGGCGUGUGUGAUGGGCCACGCCGACACGGUAUCCAUGCUGCUGGGUCGCGGCGCCGAUCCUCUGCGGUGGCACGACGUGCAGUUCGAGUAUGCGCUGUUUGCGGCGGCCGCGCAUGAGGACACGCAUGUCGUCAAAGCCAUAUUUGAGCACUGUCGCAGCAACCCGACGCUGAUGGUGACGCUUUUGUCGACGCAGGCCAAGGGCGGCUACACCGUGUUCCACCACGUCGUCGUCCAGGGGCGCUCGAAGGUGCUCGACUGGCUACUCAACGAAGCCGCGCGGGCUGUCAACGACGUGCUGGUAAAGGCUCUCACGCAGGGCGACGACGACGACGACACGGCAUAUGAUGUGGCUGUUCUGAUGCUGAAAACUCUCGAGGAGGAGGGGACGAUAGACAUCGCGGCGGACGAAAAGUCGCUUAAGCAUGCUGUAUCAAAGCUGGAGGGCCUUAUGCAAGCGAACAAAAUUCCACAUCGCAUACUUUAUCAAGUCCUCGACGAGUUAUCAAUCAAGCUGGCUGCUUGGUCAAGUCCGGGUUCAAUCGAGCCAGAGAUAGCCACACUGCCCAGGAGGGGAUGGACUCUGGUGCGGGUAGAUGAGGAAUGGGGAAAGUGCUCGGAGGUGGGAUGUCGCAGGGCACGACGGCCGGACAGAAGGUCCCGUGUGAAUUGGGCAACCACAACCUUGGUUCCUCUAUCUACAGCGACUGAUGCUAAUGCUAUUUAUUACGCCCGGAGGGAAUCCCUUGGAGGGCCACUGCGCUAUGCUAUUUACGAAUUCAUUACAUUGUUGCAUGUCUCGUCAAGCCCCUCAGAUGUUGCUCUUUCGGUGCUGCGGCGACUGUACAUGGGCACCCGGGUGCCUACGCAGAAUGGCACCUGGGUGCCCAAAACAUGUGUCACGGAGUGCUGUGGCUUACGAGCUAGUGCCAAAGACAACGUCAAAAUGCCUCUGUACGGGGACUUGCAGGUCAAUCAUCUCUUCCAAGACGCGAAGGAAUUCCAGUGGACCCCUGCCUCGGAUUCCACCGCCGUCAUGCUCACCAGUGGCCGCAAGGCAGGCACUGCUGUGGCCGUCGCUGAAGGCAGGCAAAGCAGGUAUCUUCCGACGAGGGUAGGCGGCUUUUCUGUUGAACAUGUGCUAGCUGCAGCCUUGAUGAGCGACGGGAAGUCGUGGCCCAUAGUUAAGAGCAGUGUGUCCAACAACCAAGUAGGGCAAAAAUUGACCCCAUUACUUUACCUGUCUGUUGCAUGGCGAAUCCACCAGUCCAGCGGGUUUUCAACCUCUAGAUCCGCCUUGUUCGUCCUGGCCAUAAAUUCAUCGAGCUCGGAGGUCAGCUUUGCGCGCUUUCUUCCACUCGUUUCUGAUGUCGCCGCAGCGGCGAGCCCAGUCAUAUCAUAUAUGAUACGCACAGGCCAUGGUCUCUCAGCUGAGGCUAAGCUGACAUCAAGGUCAUCAUCCGCAAAAGCUACUCGUGUUUUGUGCAACCGCCUUCAAGGAAUUUGA